GCAGCCCUGGGAGAGCGGUGCCAGACGGCUGUUAUCACCAGGCACCCAACAGAAGGAAAAGGAGGCUUGAUACGCCGCCUCAGGUCAGACGUGGUCCCGCAGCACCUUGUCCAUGCCCAGGCCCUGAGCUGCCGGGUCCCACCGGCUCCCCUGCCCGGAAUGGCCUGCACCGAGGCCCCACAGCAGCCAGCCCCGCACCAGCCCCAGCCCCUCUCGGCAGGAGCCACCACCACCACGGACACCGCAGGCCCUGCUGGGGGUCAUCGCGGCUCCGUGGGUCCCGACCCGGAGUGCCUGGUGUGCCGGGAGCCCUACAGCUGUGCCCGACUCCCCAAGCUGCUGGGCUGCCAGCACUCCUUCUGUGCUGUCUGCCUGAAGCUCCUGCUGUGCCCGCAGAACGACACCUGGUCCGUCACCUGCCCGCUGUGCCGCAAGGCCACCGCCGUCCCCGGGGGCCUCAUCUGCGGCCUGCGUGACCAGGAGGCCGUGGUGGGGCGGCUCGCCCGGCCGUGCCCAGAAGUGUGGCUCUGUCCUCAGGAGCUGGUGAGUCCCGCCGCCCUGACAGCAGGGCACCCCGGCUUGGCAGGAGAGGAUGGGCAGGACGUGGCAAGUGCCAACCGUGUGGCAGCCCGGCGCCUGGUGGCACACCUGCUCCUGCUGGCCUUGCUCAUCGUCCUCAUCCUGCCCUUCAUCUACCCCGGGAUCAUGCAGUGGACGCUCACCUUCAUCAUCGCCCUGGCCCUGCUGGUGGCCACCCUCUUCUGCUGUCACCCCCGCAGCCAGGGCAGCGGCCGGCCCUGCCCCAGGACCCUCUUCUGCGGGGAGCAGAAACACAGCGAGAUCUCCUCCGUUGCCUGUGUGCACCCCGUCCAGGCACCCACAGCACCUUGUGCCUCUGCGGCCCCGAUAUUCUCCCAGUGAACAGGGUAAGGGGCUGUGAAGUUAGGCUGCUCCCUCAGGAGACGGACUGCCAGCCAGACUUGCAAGCUAAAGCCAGAUGCUGUCUCGGAUCCAGAACUAUGUGCUUGGAGGACAGACUUAUGCCUGCCCCGGGGACAGCGUGGCUAAGCUGUUCGGGGUGGGGAGGAGGCACAAAUGACUUGAACACUACAAGGGGGGCUCCUGUUCCUCUGAUUCCAGUGCCCCGGGUUUUUCUUUCUAUACCUUGAGGAAAGUAGUGCAAUAUUAAUGUAUCGAAGAACCAAUAGAACCAGAACUCCUCUUUUAUUGUUUUGUAAUUUAUGCAGCUGGUUUUAUUUUAUUGCUUGGUUGGGGGCUGGGUUUUUGUGUUUGGGGUAGUUUGCUCAUAUUUCUGGCUGCUACACAAUUUCCCUCCUGGGAAGUCAGAGCUCACGGGACGUCCUCCUGUGUCCCCGCCAAUGCUGCCCAUCUCAUGCCCACCCGCCUUGCCAGUUUGGGUCUUCCAUGGAGUCGCCCUGCCGUUCUUCCCCCCAAGAAUGGAAGGAGAGAACUUGUAUGAAGAAGCGGUACUUCUGAUGCCAGCAGGAGCCCCCACGUUUAGUUGGCAGAGCUGGGGAGUGGGGAGGGAAUGCGGGUGGCUCUGGGAAUUUCCCUCAGCAUCCCCCACCAGAAUUUCCCAGUUCCGUGUCUUCUGGC